GACAAAUUGCCAAAUUGCAAAAAUUGAAGCUUAUCAAAAAAAAAAAAAAAAAAAAAAAUUUGCCAAAUUGCAAAAGGUUGGAGAUGCUUUGGUUUGGAAGUACACAGAUAGAAAUGUUGAACGGCGUCGUUUUCUCUAGAACAACUUACGCCAUUCAUCAUCGUCAUCAUCAUCAUCAAAACCUCGGCCAGAGUCACUGCUUCUCGUCAUCUCUCAAGACUGCUCAGCUCCCAACAAAACAUCGCCGUUACGCCACGACGAUUAAAGCCACUCAAUCCUCGGAUGCUCAUAGUCAUGGGGAAACAUCCGGAUUGCCUGAUAUUAGUUGGGAAAACGUUGGAUUCAAUCAUGUGACAACAGAUUUUAUGUAUGUUAUGAAGUUUUCAGCAGAUGGCGAGUUUUUGUCUGGUGGUUUACAACGUUUUGGGAACAUUGAAUUGAACCCAGCAUCCUGUGUUUUGAACUAUGGCCAGGGAAUAAUUGAAGGUCUGAAAGCACACAAGAAACAUGACAAUUCUAUUUUACUAUUUCGUCCUGAGGAAAAUGGCUUGCGGAUGAAAAUUGGAGCAGAUCGGAUGUGCAUGCCUGCACCAACUAUUGAACAGUUUGUGGAAGCUGUAAAAGUUACUGUUUUGGCAAAUAGACGAUGGGUGCCCCCUCCACAUAAAGGAUUUUUGCACAUUCGACCACUACUUAUGGGCACUGGACCUGUUCUCAGUCUUACACCAGCUCCUGAAUUCACAUUUUUGAUUUUUGUUACUCCAGUUAGAAAUUAUUUUGAGGGGGGUUUGAAACAACUUAACUUGGUGGUUAAAGAAGAAAUUCAUCGUGCAGUCCCUGGUGGAGUUGGAAGUGUAAAAGCUAUAGGAAAUUAUGCUGUGGUUUUGAAGGCACUGAUUGAAGCUAAAGCGGAUGGUUUUUCUGAAGUUCUGUACCUUGAUUCUGUUUACAACAAAUAUCUGGAAGAGGUUUCUACUGCUAACAUUUUUGUUGUGAAGGAUAGAAUAAUCUCUACUCCAGUUUUAGGAGGGACAAUUUUGCCUGGCGUUACUCGAAAAAGUAUUAUUGAAAUUGCUCGCAGCCAAGGGUUCCAGGUUGAAGAGCGGCUUGUGUCAGUUGAUGAAUUGCUUGAUGCUGAUGAAGUCUUUUGUACUGGAAAUGCCAUUUGUUUGUUGCCUGUUGGCAGCAUAACUUACAUGGGUAGAAGGGUGUUGUAUGGAGAAACUGGUGUGGUCUCUCAGCAACUUUUUUCGGCCCUUUCAAAUGUACAGAUGGGUCUUACGGAAGACCAAAUGGGCUGGACUGUAGUCUUGGAGUAGAAAGGAAGAACCUUGUCAAAUUUAACUUGCCAAUUUUAGGAAUAAAUUUCUUAAAACAUAAAUCUCAAUUUUUUAAAACACCACUUAUUUUAAGGUAUAAUUGUACACAAUUACAAUUGUGUUGUGAGAGGUAAAAUGUAUCAAGGCAAAAAAGGAUUAAGGGUAAAAAUCUAAAAGGUUAAAAAAAAUUUUGAUCCUAGGGUUGAUAUUCAAAGUGAAAUUUUCAAGUUCCAA